AGGUUAAGAUUAAUGUAUGUAAAUCAAACUACUUCACUAAUUGUAGGCAUGUGAUUAAAAAUAGAAAGAACUAAUAAAACCUUAAUUAGACCCAUUACAGUUCUUUUUCCAUUUUUGUUACCAAAAUUAAUCACAAUGUAUAAUCUCUUGAUAAAAGAUUUCAAGAAAUCUCACUUAUUCCUGGAUUCUCUCACCUUUCCAUUUUCAUAUCCUCCUAAAAAUGAACUCUAUUUAUUAUAUAGUAGGAUUGACAUUCCUUUUCACUUUCUUUAUCAUCUUUUCUCCAGACACAUGUAAAUUAUCAAACAAUUUAGGUCUACAUCAAUGGUUUCCACUCCAAAAUGAUAAACGUUGCGACUUGUUUAGCGGUCACUGGGUUCCAGACCUGAGGGGGUCUCAGUAUACAAAUGUGAGCUGCAAAUCGAUCCCUGACUCGAAGAAUUGCUUUAAACAUGGAAGAAAUGAUACAAAUUUCUUAAACUGGAGAUGGAAACCUGAUGGCUGCGAACUUCCGAGAUUCGAUCCCAGGAUUUUUUUCGCAGUUGUUCGAGGAAAGACGAUGGCUUUUAUAGGAGAUUCUGUAGCAAGGAACCAUGUCGAAUCGCUACUUUGCCUCUUGUCCCUGGAGGAAAUUCCGUUGAACACUUUCAGGGAUGCUGAUAAUCGUUCUCUAACUUGGCAUUUUCCGAACAACAAUUUCACUCUGAUGGUGCUAUGGACCAAAUUCUUGGUGAAAGCCGAGGAGAGAGUGGUCAACGGAACAAAUUCAGGCUCUUUCGAUUUACAUGUAGACAAAAUCGAGAGAAAUUGGACAUCUAAACUUCCAGAAAUGGACUACGCCAUCAUCUCAGGCGUACAUUGGUUAUUCAGAAAAAACUACCUAUAUGAAAACGGAAAUCUAAUCGGCUGCAUAUAUUGCAACGAACCGGACACAAAAAGCUAUAAUCUCGAGUAUGGCAUCGAAAGAAUUACAAGACUAGUUCUUAAAUAUAUAAACAACUGCAAACAAUGCAAAUCCGGGUUAGUGACUCUAUUAAGGACGUACUCACCGGCACAUUUCGAGAAUGGUUCGUGGAACACAGGCGGAAACUGUAACCGCACCAAGCCGUUCCGAGAGGGAGAAAUAAACUUGGAAAGUUCAGAAUUGAAGCUGAGAAGCAUCCAAGCAGAGGAGUUGCAGAAGGCAAGAAAAGUAGGGAAAAGAGGAAAUUAUUUUGAGAUUUUGGAUGUGACUAAAGCUAUGUUAAUGAGACCUGAUGGACAUCCUGACGGGUAUUGGGGUAAUAAGUGGAUGCAAGGUUAUAAUGAUUGUGUUCAUUGGUGCAUGCCAGGACCUAUUGAUGUGUGGAAUGAUUUGUUAAUGGCUUUGCUUAAGAGAUUUACUGAUUUCUCCAUACUUAAGGAGAUUAAUCAGUGAGAAAAUUUUGACUGUAAAAAAAAUAGAAAAAAAUAACAAUAAUAAUA